AUGCAGGCCCUAUACCUUGCGGACGCGCAGAAUUGGCCCAACUCUGUGAAGACGCGGCACCAGCUGGGCACCGUGUUCCAUCAGCAAGGCAGAUAUGAAGAAGCAUUGCGCGAGUUCAACGCUUCCUUGGUGAUCCUGGACGACAAUGCAGCUCGCCGGCAGUUUGGCGCCAGUUCUCCUGCCCCAGCCGUUGCCAACGCCUCCACUUGCGUGCCUGUGGAUGCUUGGGGUGCCGACAAUUGGGUUCAGCGGAUCUCGCAGAAACCUCGGCCCGCCAAGAAGGAGAAACGGUCGCUGCCCGGGCGGGAAGCAAAGGCGAAGAAGGCGCCCGUGGCGGUCAUCGGCGGGGGCCUGUCGGGCCUCGCUUGCGCCUACGCCCUCAAGCACCGAGGACUUCCCUGCGAGGUCUUUGACACUGGCAAGCGCGGCGUCGGGGGCCGCUGCUCUUCUCGAGUCCUGCAGGGCGAAGGGAGGACUCACCUAGUGGACCAUGCAGUGCAAGCCUUCAGCGUGGCCCGGCCGGAGGUGCAGGCGCUGGUAGAUGAGAUGGCGCUGGAUGGUGCAGCACGGCGCUGGGAGGGCCGCAUUGGAUCGCUAGGCGCGGAUGGCGCCUUUGUUCGGCGGCCCAGCGAGCUUUGGAUCGGCAGCAAGCGCGAGGGCAUGGCCUCGGUGCCAAAUUGGCUGGCAAGAGAUCUGCGGCUGCACCGAGAUGUGUGGGUGGCGCGCCUGGACAGCAACGGCGGCUGGAUCUUGAAGGACCAGAAGGGGCAUCAAAUCGGCCAAACGGCCUACUCCUUUGUGGUCAUGGCCCACAACGGGAAGUGCGCAGAUCGCCUCAUCCGCACCGCCGGGCGCGAGACCGUGCUGCACGCCCCGCUGCGCUGCGCCUUCAAGGAAGCAGCAUCUCCCACCUCGGAUCGACUGGAGCUGAACUCGCUGUGGGUCUGUGUUCUAUCUGUGGCGGGAGAGACGAAGGUCCCCUUCGACGGAGCCUUUGUAGACGACCAUCAGGUCUUGAGCUGGGUCGGAAACAACUCUGCAAAGUAUCCAGCCGGCGAGGCCGAUGUCCAGGUGUGGACGCUGAUCUCCACACCAAGAUAUGGGGCGCGAAACAAGUGCCCACAGGAGUUCAUCCCCCCAGACGUGCGGCGGAAGAUCUCUGAGGAGUUGCCGGGCGCCUUCUGCGAGCUCACGGGUCAUGAUCGUGCCAGGUGUCGAGUUCUGCACUUGCAGCUCUGGGGCGCGGCGGUGCCGUUGAACGUGUGCAAGCAAGGCUUCCUUCUGGACGCCGAGGCCAAUAUCGGCGCCUGCGGGGAUUGGCUGGCGGCACCGUCGGUGGAGGGCGCGAUUGCCAGCGGCCUGGCCAUGGGGGAGGCCAUUGCUGGGGAGGCGCUUGUCAGCUCCCAAGUCCCCCUCUUCCAGGCCUUCCAGGCUCCUGCGAUUGGCAGCUUUGCAGAAGACAAGCCGGCCGCCAAGGACGCAUCAAGAAGAGCCUUGCAGGCAGAGUCCUCCCGAGAGAAGAAAGGAGUUUGGAACUUCGCCUUCGGCGCCAACCUCAGCCCCUGGAAGCUGCGCACGAAGCGAGGCAUCGCCCCGCUGGAGCAGGUGCCCGGGAAACUUCCAGGCUGGCGACUGGUCUUCAAUCACAAAGGCGGCAUGGGCAACAUCGAGCCUUUGGAGCGGUGUACAGCGCAGGGCGAGGAUCCGGGGGCGGUGCACGGGCUGCUCCUGCUGCUCAAGCCUCCAGACUUUGAGAAGCUGUCCAAGAUGGAGCACGAAUACGUGACGACGGAGGUUGAGGUGGAAGCCUACGAUGGCCGGGUCAUUCGCGCUCGCGCCUUUGUGUCUCCCAAGGACUACAGGCUUGCCACAUACCCAAACCCGCCCGAGCGCUACAUCAAGCUUAUUCGCGAUGGGGCCAGCAGCUCCAGCCUGCAUGGCGAGUACCAAGCCUGGCUGCGGACAAUCCCUGGCGCGCAGCAGCGAGGCGCGGAGUACUGGGACCAUGCGGCUCGCCGAAGGUGA